CACAGCAUUUGUUCCUCUGCUUCUGGGAGAACGGGGGGUGGGUGCCGAGCUGGCAGAGGCCCUUCCUGCUGCUGCGCCAGGGAGCUUUGGGGUUCCCAGGGCUGCCCCGGCCUCCAGGAAGGGGGCCUGAGGAAGCUGGGGUGCAGUGAGAGGCCUUGGUUUCAGGGAGGCAUCUUUCACAACGCCUGGCGUCACCCAUCAGAGACUGUUCUCCCGUGAGAGCAGGGCAGGGGAAGUCCAUGUGUACUGCAGGCGUGUAUUUCCACAGAGGCGAGUCUGUGGAAAUGGUUUCCGACUGUCGGCCUGAGUGUGUGUGUGUGUGCAUGUCAGUUCCUGUGGCUGUGCUGGUGUGAGGGAUGAGGGGGGGCCACAUGGAAAGGGGCUGGGCCUUGUCCAGCCCUCCCCCGUAGACCCCUGCCCCUCGGCCCCGUCCUCUGUGCCGGGCUGUUCAGUGGGACUUCUGCCCCCUCUCCCAUCUGAGGCCCUGGACUGGCAAGCUUCUGCAGGGCAGGACUGAGAAUGCAGAGCCUUGGAGCCACGGAGGGCUGGGUGCUGGGGCACCUCCUCGGAGCCCUGACAUUUAGGGUGGGCCCAGCGUGGGAAGGUCACUGAGGGGGCAGGAGUGUCUUAAGGAGCUGAACUGUCUAAGCUCUGGGCUGGGGCAGUCAGGCUGCGGCUUUGCUGACUUCUGUCUCCCCUUCCCUCAGGGCCCCUCCAGUUGGGUGUUUGCGGGUGCUGGGAAGCCCACGGUGUCACCGCCUCAUCACCGUGUGACUUCCGUCUGUGUUCCUGUCUCCCCUCCUUAGGGUCAGAGGAGAUGGGGAGGGGCACACUCCUGGGUCCUCCCUGGGGUCAUGGGCUUGGGGUCUGUGGUGUCCCCUCCUCAACAGUGGAGACUGACCCAUCUUCUGUCCCUCCUCCCUGCAGAGGGGGAAGUGAGAAGGAGGGGGCCCAGGGACCCUGCCUUCUGGGCUGGGAAGGCUGAAAAAGCAGAAGUAAGGGGACUAACCAGGCCCUCUGGCCACCGGCUUGAGCCCCACCAUGCAGACCACGGCAGAUUUCCCCAGGGUUGGGGGAGACUUGGUCCCCUGUCCCAGGAAGGAUGAGGGCGUCCUCAAGGAGAUCUCCAUCACUCACCACGUCAAGGCUGGCUCUGAGAAGGCUGACCCAUCCCAUUUUGAACUCCUCAAGGUUCUGGGCCAGGGAUCCUUUGGCAAAGUCUUCCUGGUGCGAAAGGUCACCCGGCCUGACAGUGGACACCUAUACGCCAUGAAGGUGCUGAAGAAGGCAACACUGAAAGUGCGUGACCGCGUCCGGACCAAGAUGGAGAGAGACAUCCUGGCUGACGUAAACCACCCAUUUGUGGUGAAGCUGCACUACGCCUUCCAGACCGAGGGCAAGCUCUAUCUUAUUCUGGACUUCCUACGUGGUGGGGACCUGUUCACUCGGCUCUCUAAGGAGGUCAUGUUCACGGAGGAGGAUGUGAAGUUCUACCUGGCCGAGCUGGCUUUGGGCCUGGACCACCUGCACAGCCUGGGCAUCAUUUACAGAGACCUCAAGCCCGAGAACAUCCUUCUGGAUGAGGAGGGCCACAUCAAACUCACUGAUUUUGGCUUGAGCAAGGAGGCCAUUGACCAUGAGAAGAAGGCCUACUCCUUCUGCGGGACGGUGGAGUACAUGGCCCCCGAGGUCGUCAACCGCCAGGGCCACACCCACAGUGCUGACUGGUGGUCCUACGGGGUGUUGAUGUUUGAGAUGCUGACGGGCUCCCUGCCCUUCCAGGGGAAGGACCGGAAGGAGACCAUGACACUGAUUCUGAAGGCAAAGCUAGGCAUGCCCCAGUUUCUGAGCUCGGAAGCCCAGAGCCUCCUGCGGGCCUUGUUCAAGCGGAAUCCUGCCAACCGACUCGGCUCUGGCCCUGAUGGGGCAGAGGAAAUCAAGCGGCACGUCUUCUAUUCAACCAUUGACUGGAAUAAGCUGUACCGUCGUGAGAUCAAGCCACCGUUCAAGCCAGCCGUGGCUCAGCCCGAUGACACCUUCUACUUUGACACAGAGUUCACCUCCCGCACGCCCAGGGACUCCCCGGGGAUCCCCCCCAGCGCUGGCGCCCAUCAGCUGUUCCGUGGCUUCAGCUUUGUGGCCACCGGUCUGAUGGAGGAGGACGGCAAGCCUCGGGCCACGCAGGCACCGCUGCACUCAGUUGUACAGCAACUUCACGGGAAGAACCUGGUGUUCAGUGACGGCUACAUGGUAAAGGAGACAAUCGGCGUGGGCUCCUACUCUGUGUGCAAGCGCUGUGUCCACAAGGCCACCAACAUGGAGUAUGCCGUCAAGGUCAUUGACAAGAGCAAGCGGGACCCCUCAGAGGAGAUUGAGAUUCUUCUGCGAUAUGGGCAGCACCCCAAUAUCAUCACCUUGAAAGAUGUGUAUGAUGAUGGCAAACACGUGUAUCUGGUAACGGAGCUGAUGAGGGGCGGGGAGCUGCUGGACAAGAUCCUGAGGCAGAAAUUCUUCUCAGAACGGGAGGCCAGCUUCGUCCUGUACACCAUCGGCAAGACCGUGGAGUAUCUGCACUCACAGGGGGUGGUGCACAGGGACCUCAAGCCCAGCAACAUCCUGUACGUGGACGAGUCUGGGAACCCCGAGUGCCUGCGCAUCUGCGACUUCGGCUUCGCCAAGCAGCUGCGGGCCGAGAAUGGGCUGCUUAUGACCCCUUGCUAUACCGCCAACUUCGUGGCUCCCGAGGUGCUGAAGCGCCAGGGCUACGACGAAGGCUGUGACAUCUGGAGCCUGGGCAUUCUGCUGUACACCAUGCUGGCGGGGUAUACUCCAUUCGCCAACGGGCCCAGUGACACACCAGAGGAAAUCCUGACCCGGAUCGGCAGUGGGAAGUUCACCCUCACUGGGGGAAAUUGGAACACAGUUUCAGAGACAGCCAAGGACCUGGUGUCCAAGAUGCUGCACGUGGACCCCCACCAGCGCCUCACAGCCAAGCAGGUCCUUCAGCACCCGUGGAUCACCCAGAAAGACAAGCUUCCUCAGAGCCAGCUGUCCCACCAGGACCUACAGCUUGUGAAGGGAGCCAUGGCAGCCACAUACUCCGCACUCAACAGCUCCAAGCCCACCCCCCAGCUGAAGCCCAUCGAGUCGUCUAUCCUGGCCCAGCGGCGGGUGAGGAAGCUGCCGUCCACCACCCUGUGAGGGUCGGGGUGCCCAGGCCGCAGGGCGGUGUGAGCCCCACAAAGGCAGCAUAUUCCCCAGAGGGAGCAGGCCUGAGAAGCAGGGCCAGAGGGAGCUGGAGCCCCUAGGGGCCCAGGAAGCAGCCAGCCCGGAUCGCCCCGGUGAGGGUGAGAGAAGUGCCUUCUCCUUCCCCAGGACAGACUCUUCUCGGCUCAGGCUCUGCUGGUUGAAAUCGAUUGACUGUACAAACUCUUACUUUUUUUAAAGAAAAAAAAAAUGGCAUCAACCACCGUGGAUUUUUACAAGAUCCAUUUGCCUUUCUGGAAGCAGAAAUAGCCGGUGAAGCCCUAGGAGGGGCACUGGAUCACGCUACAGCUCUGUGCAGCUGAAACUCCUCAGAUCAGCUUUGGGGUCCUCCCCUGGGAACCCCCACAGGUGGCCAUCCGUGGCCAUGUGCACACACACACCUCCAGGGCAGUCCAGUGGCACCUUCCAGAGCCUCUGGCUAUUUAGCAGAACUCAUUCGAUCCCAUCAGUUUUUCAUUCUGUUCUGCUGGGGGUUCUGGAACCACUUCCUGCUAGAGGAGAGGACCAAGGCCCCGCUGACCCCCAGCCCCAGGCACCGGCAUACGUGUGGGUUCCGCCUCUGGGCCCCUGCACUCCGUUUGGGCAGCCGUCGCGGGAGGAUAAGAAAGCACUUUUUGGCCUUCUGUCGGUGUCUCUCGCAGGAGGUCAGUGGGGCGGGCCAGCCAGAAGGGGCAGGGGCUUUUUGUUUCGGCUUGUUUCAUUUCUUCCUCAGCUGGUAACUCAGGGUUCAUCUGUCCAUGGCCUUUCUAAUAAACUUACAGUUGAGUUGA